CCUGGCUUCGCUGCACCUGUUUCGCAAGUCUGAGGCCAGCUUGCUACGAGUCAAAUUUGUGUACUGCGAAGUUUUCCUGUCUUCCGGGAUACCACUGGCUUACUUGCCAACGCCGAGUCAAACAGUCUUGAGUUCGUGAGGAAGAGACGCACAGUAAAACGGACGAGUCUCGGCGUUGCCGCGGUUCUGCUGUCCCAUAGCUGUAGCUGGCCCCUGGAAGGAGGCAAGGGUCCAAGGGGUUGAGAUGGUGCAGACCAUGGAGAUGAUCAACGUGUCCUUCCUGACGGACGUGGAGCGGGAGUUGAUCUUGGAGGUGCUGCGCAGGGAUGAAGAACUGAGACGACUGGAGGAACAGCGGGUGAAGAAGCUGAAGGUGGAGUUCUUGGACAUCAAGAGAAAAGGGGCGAAGCGCACUGAUGGGAGUUACAGUGAGCACAGCUGUGGUCGCUGCCAGGAGCCCCUGGGACGCCUGGCGACCAGUAACCAGUGCCCAGCGUGUAAACACCAGGUGUGCCAAACCUGCCGCUCAAUCCGAGCCAACGCAUCCUGGGUGUGCACUGUUUGUGCCAAGGAGGCAGAACUAAAGAAAAGCACAGGGGACUGGUUCUUUGACCAAAGAGUUAACCGCUUCUCCAGUGCCCCUGGACACGACCUAGUGCGAGUUUCCCUCAGGAAGAGGCCUGCAAUGAAGAAGCGCGAGACUACAGGAGAGGUCCUGCUGAACAGUGCCGAGUUAAACUCCAGUCUGCCUGGACCUGUGCCCCGACCCAGACUGAAAGACCUUGCUGUGGGAAACAGUAGCCCGUCCAGCGAGCGCCUGGCGCGCGGCACCACAGACUCAGCUGAGAAGGCCAGCCUGAGCAGCAGUGGCCGCACAGACACGGACUCGCUCCACAGCAGCCCAUCAGGGCACAGGAAAGCAGACGAGGUGAACAAGUCCAGUCCCGCGGGCUCCACUGCGUCCAGCGUGGCCCCACUCACUAAGACCCACAGCCGUUCUGGAUCCACUGCUAGCACUGAGACUUCUUCACUAAUUCAUCACAUUAACGUGUGCUCGGACUCCUUAAAUGAUGUCGAUGGGCUUUUCAAGAAGAGUGUCAGAAGAGUGCACAAAAUCUCAGAUUUUAAGCCAACCUCUGUAAUGGAUUUACGUAAGGAUGCAACAGAGGACACAGGAGUCUCGAUGGGAGACAGAAGCAAAUCAGUUCCAGGUCUCAAUGUUGAGGAAGAGGAGGAAGAAGAGGAGGAUAUUGACAACUUGGUCAACAUUCACAGAAGGACAGUGGGCAACAGUGCAUACAGUCUAAAUAGCUCCAGGAGCACAUUGGGCAGUAUGAUGAGUGUGUACAGCGAGGCAGGGGAUUAUGACACAGUAGAUGUGAGUGGGGACAUCGUCUUCUCCCUACGCUAUGACGAGGGGACUCAGAGUCUGGCUGUCCUGGUCAAAGAGUGUCACGGGCUGGCUUACGCUGACCCUGUCAAAAUGAAGUGCAACCCAUAUGUCAAGUGUUACCUUCUCCCAGACAAGUCUCGUCAGAGCAAGAAGAAAACUGCUGUCAAACGAAACACCAUCAACCCCAGUUACAAUGAAACUCUAAAGUACUCCAUCAGCCGCUCCCAGCUGUCGACUCGCACACUCCAGCUCUCCGUCUGGCACUACGACCGCUUCAGCCACAACGCUUUCCUCGGGGAGGUGGAGGUUCUGCUCGACUGCCAUGACAUUGACUCAGGCCAUGAAGAAUGCGUGACCCUCAGGGGAAAGGUAGCCAGCUCCUCGGCGAAGUCUGCUUUUGCCCAGUACAAAGGGGAACUGGUGAUUUCCUUAAAGUAUGUGUCAGAGAUUGAGAAACCCUCACAAAAGCAACGAGGCAGAAAAGCCAAAGCAGAAGACAGUGGAGAGCUGCAUGUGCUAAUAAAGGAGGCAAAGAAUCUGUCUGCAGUGAAAGCAGGAGGAACCUCCGAUUCCUUUGUAAAAGGGUAUCUGUUAUCAUCCAAGGGCAAGUCGACAAAGAAGAAGACACAAGUGGUCAAGAAAACAUUGAACCCACACUACAACCACACAUUUGUGCACAAGGAGCUGAGUCUGGAACAGCUAAAGGGCAUGUGUCUGGAGCUCACCAUCUGGGAUCAAGAGGCCAUGUCCAGCAACGACUUCCUGGGGGGAGUCCGUCUGAGCUCCGGGGCAGUCCAUUUGAAGGAGGGUAAAAAGGAGUGGGUUGCUGACUCUACUGGAGAGGAAGUGUCUCUGUGGCAGAAGAUGAUGCAGUUCCCAGACUCGUGGGCAGAGGGCACUCUCCAACUGCGAUCGUCCAUGGGCAAGGCCAAGUAAGGACACGGAGCAAGACAUAUUGGAUACCUUUCAGUUCCCUGAAUGGAAUUCAGCACUAUAUAAGAAAGAAUUCAAACACUAUAUAAAUUACCACUUAAAUUUUAAAAUGAAACUUUUUUUUUAUUUUGCAUAUUUGUAAAUCUUUGUUUUAAAAAAUAAAUGUACAUUUCAUUAUGAAAAGUACAAACUCAAGGUAGAUUAACUAGACAAUCUUUUAUCUUACGCAGUAGUAUUUAUUCACUAUUUUCUAUAAAAUUAAGUAGUAAAAAAAACAAAACAAAACUGAAAGACAAUGUAUAUAUGGCAAUUAUUUACUGUCUAAUAGCAUAGUUGUUAGUGGCUAUAGCUUCUGGCCAUACUAAGCACCUCUCAAAUAAUAUAUACAAAGUGCACUAAAUAAAUAUUAAAUUACAUGUUC